AGCCAGAGCAGCACCCUGAUCUGUCAUCACAUGAUCCACACUGGGGAAUGGCCCCAUGAGUGUGGGGAGUGUGGGAAGGACUUUAGCUACGGAUCCGCCCUCAUCAGGCACCAAUGCAUCCACACCGGGGAGAGGCCCUACGAGUGUGGGGAGUGUCAGAAGAGGUUUCACACCAGCUGGAAUCUCCUCCAGCACCAGCGGAUUCACACAGAGGAGAAGCCCUUCCGCUGCCCUGAGUGUGGGAAGGGCUUCAAGCAAAACUCCCACCUUGUCACCCAUCUACACAUCCACACUGGGGAGAGGCCCUACCAGUGCGCCACAUGUGGACAGAGCUUCAGCCAGAACUCGGAGCUGGUAGUCCAUGGGCAGCUUCAUGAUGGGCAGAAGCCCCACAAGUGCUUGCAGUGUGGGAAGAGCUUCAGGCAGGGCAGCACCCUGAUCAGCCACCAGAGGAUCCACACUGGGGAAUGGCCCUAUGAGUGUGGGGAAUGUGGGAAGGGCUUCAGCUCCAGCUCUGCCCUUGUCAUACACCAACGCAUCCACACUGGGGAGAGGCCCUACGAGUGUCCCCAGUGUCAGAAGAGGUUUCAGAGCAGCUCCAGUCUCCUCCGGCAUAAGCGGAUUCACACGGAUGAGAGGCCCUUGCGCUGCCCUGAGUGUGGGAAGGGCUUCAAGCACAACUCCAACCUCAUCAGGCACCGGCGCAUCCACACUGGGGAGAGGGAGAGGCCCUACGAGUGUCCCCAGUGUGAGAAGAGGUUUCAGACCAGCUCCAGUCUCCUCCAGCACCAGCAGAUUCACACCGAUGAGAGGCCCUUCCGAUGCCCUGACUGUGGAAAGGGCUUCAAGUGCAACUUCACCCUCAUCACCCACCGGCGCAUCCACACUGGGGAGAGGCCCUACGAGUGUCCCCAGUGUGGGAAAAGCUUCACCCAGAUCUCUGUCUUAACCAGACACCAACGG